UGUCAGCCGCCUUACUCUAAAAGCUCACCGUUGCAGCAUCGCUACGGUCGCACUUUCCUGCAGAAUAUCAGAAAAAGUAGAAUCUGCCUCGUGCAGAUGUCUUUCCUGUCCUCCACCGCUGCCCCCGUUUCCGCCACCGCCCCCUCCCCGGUACAUCAAGCACCUGCCCGACAAUCGAUCCUAGUGUUGGGUGCGGGUGCUGUGGGAUCUCUGUACGGGGGGCGUUUAUGCGAGGCUGGGCACGACGUCACGUUUUUGAUGCGCCGAGAGUACGAUGCUGUGGCUGCGACGGGACUGCGGAUCAGCUCCCCCGACGGGGACAUGUUUUUCCCACAACCAUCCAUCGCACGAUCCAUUGAGGAAGUUGCGGUAUCGAGGGCAAGGCGGGCACGUAGGAAAGGGGCCGGAGAAGGAGGGGGUGGGGAAGGGAAAGGCGAUCAAGCAGGAGGGAUGGCGGGAGAUGCGGAACGGCGGAAGGUCGUGGAGGAGACGAGGGAUAUAGAAGGAGCAGAAGGGGAGGCAUACGUGCCCGUCGACUGGGUCAUUGUCACCCUCAAGUCAUCUUCCUUCCACGCCAUCCCCAGCCUGCUCGAGGACCGCCGCGUGGUCGGAAAUGCGACCCGGAUUUUGGUGUUGAUGAACGGUUACGGCUUGGAGGAGGAUCUGGUCGGGCAGGGGAUCGAUGGAAAGAGGGUCUUCGGAGGCAUGGCCUUCGUGUGCGCCAACCGCGGCCCGGUGGGCUCGGGGGAGGUGAGCGGGGAGUGGACCGAAGACGGAGGGGUGGGACGGAAGGAAGGGAUGCUCGGCACGCUCACCUUCUUCCCUCCUCUAUUCUCUGGCAACACCGAGAUCAAAUCGGCAAAGCCAAAGCUCAACUUCCCCUUUCCUGCCCUCCCUCCUGCUCCACCUCCCCCCGCCCCCAGAUUGCCCACCUCAAGUACGGAAAAUUGAUGAUCGGGCAUUACGAGGACGACCCCGUCGAGCUCUCCCUCGUCGCCGGUCUCUUCAAAGGUGCCAAGGUCGAGGUGGAAACGACGCCGUGCCUGCUGCAUGGUCGAUGGAGCAAGUGCUGCUGGAACAUCCCCUUUAACGGGUUGGGUUGCAUUUUGGGCGGGAAAAGCGUGGACCACAUCGUGCAGACGCCCGAAUUAAGGAGA